CCCUCUGCAAAUACCACAAAAGUAUUCAAAAGUAUUCAAUUAGAAUGAUCAAUGAGGCUUUCGCCCCAACACACAUGAUAAGAUAAAUACCCAGGAAUGACGAUUAACGAAGUGCAAAAAGUUCAUCAAAAUUAUUUUUUGGGCAAGAAACCCUCUCAUUUCAUACGCAUACCUGAGAAUUGAAGAUGGAGGGAAGUGCGAAGAGGGUUUUGCUAACCUCUAAUGGGGAUGAUGUUUCUGUUAAUAUUGCUUACAAUUUGGCUAAACAAGGUUGCAGGCUGGUUUUGAUGGGAGAUGAAGGCCGUUUGCGAAGCAUUGGUGACAGGAUAGCUGAUUCUAUAAAGGAUACAAGUGCAGUUGAAGUGGUAGGGUUGGAUAUGGAGGAUGAUAGAGAGGUAGUCUUUCACAGAGCUGUAGAGAAGGCGUGUAAUUUUCUUGGAAAAUUGGAUGCCUUUGUGAAUGGUUAUGCUUAUGAAGCUAAAACGCAAGACCCUUUAUUGAUGGCUGAAGAUGAUUUCAAGAAAAUCGUAAAAACGAAUUUUAUGGCAGUCUGGUUCUUAGUAAAAGCUGUUGGAGGAAAAAUGCGUGAUCAGGGGACUGGGGGAUCUAUUGUACUUAUGACUUCACUAAUCGGUGCUGAGAGAGGAAUAUAUAAGGGAGCUGCUGCUUUUGGUUCAUGUUUGGCUGGAGUUAAUCAACUAGUGAGGAUAAUGGCCCUGGAGAUAGGGAAAUACCACAUCAGAGUUAAUGGAAUUUCCCGUGGUUUGCACCUUGAAGAUGAGUUUCCAACUUCAGUGGGGAAAGAACAGGCGGAGAAAUUGGUGAAAGACGCAGCACCGCUGCAAAGAUGGCUCGAUCCUAAGAAAGAUUUGGCUUCAACGGUUACAUAUCUAAUAAGCGAUGACUCACGAUAUAUGACGGGGACUACAGUAUAUGUCGAUGGAGGUCAGUCUCUGACUAGGCCUCGGAUGCGAUCUUAUAUGUGAGUCUGCUAGCUGAAAUGGCAAGCUAGUCUGUUUGAGUCAAAAUCUAUACUUGCUGGACAUCAUUUUGUCAUCAUAGGUAGUAUACAACCUUUCAUUAUAGUAGGAGGUAGAUUUCUUGGAGUUUAAUACUUGAUUGUUCUUUGUCAAUUCAUUAUCUCUUUGGUGUAGAAAAAGUUUCAAUUAAUAGAAAUGAUAAAUUUAAUGAUCCAA